CGAGCGCCGGAGGUGACCUCCGCACCGCUGGUUUCUAAGUUGCUUGGCAAGUCGAGUCCCAGGCCAACCUCUUCUCUUGGGUUGUUUCUUCGUGGUCUGGUUGCCAUGCUGGUUGCAGGUACCUGUGCACCCCACAGGCUCUGAGUUUGUGCAACUAUUUCGAGAGUCAAAAUGUGGAUUUUCGAGGCAAGAAGGUGAUCGAACUGGGCGCAGGGACGGGCAUCGUGGGAAUCUUGGCAGCGCUGCAGGCAGGUGGAGCCCCCUUGUUUGCCACGUCCUGGGGGAGAGUUUUGACCCUUCCGCUACGCCGUAGUCGGUCGCUUCACCUGUGCGUCAGCGGGCGGGAGUGAGUAAGGCUAGAGAGAUGUCGCUGCUGCGGUCACUGCGCUUGUGCCUGGACGCGCGGACCGGGGGCCUCCCGGCCGGGUCCCUUCUGCUUCAGUUGCUCCAGCCAUGGCACACCAUUCACGCAAGGUCCUGGCUGUCUUCCUCGGCCUCCAGAAAGGAUCUCCUUAUGAAACUGCGGCAGAAAACCGGCUACUCCUUUGUAAAUUGCAAGAAAGCUCUGGAAACUUGUGGCAGAGAUCUCAAACAGGCAGAGAUCUGGCUUCACAAGCAGGCCCAGAAGGAGGGCUGGAGCAAAGCUUCCAAGCUCCAUGGGAGAAAGACUAAAGAAGGCCUGAUUGGGCUGCUGCAGGAAGGAAAUACUACUGUAUUAGUAGAGGUAAACUGUGAGACAGAUUUUGUUUCCAGAAAUUUAAAAUUUCAACAGUUGGUCCAGCAAGUAGCCUUGGGAACCAUGUUACAUUGUCAGAGCCUAAAGGAUCAACUCGCCACAUACAGUAAAGGCUUCCUGAAUUCCUCUGAGCUUUCUGGACUUCCAGCUGGGCCUGACAGAGAAGGAUCUCUCAAGGAUCAUUUGGCCUUAGCAAUAGGGAAACUGGGAGAAAACAUGAUUUUGAAACGAGCUGCAUGGGUGAAGGUGCCAUCUGGGUUCUACGUUGGCUCUUACGUCCAUGGAGCAAUGCACAGUCCUUCACUCCACAACCUAGUGCUGGGAAAGUAUGGGGCCUUGGUCAUCUGUGAGACAUCUGAACAGAAAGCAAACCUUGAAGACCUUGGCCGCCGCCUUGGGCAGCAUGUGGUGGGCAUGGCCCCUCUCUCUGUUGGCUCCCUGGAUGAUGAACCUGGGGGAGAGGCAGAGACCAAGAUGCUGUCCCAGCCAUACUUGCUGGAUCCCUCCAUCACAUUGGGACAGUACGUGCAGCCCCAUGGGGUGUCUGUAGUAGACUUUGUGCGGUUUGAAUGUGGAGAAGUUGAAGAGGCAACAGAGGCUGAAUAGGUUCUAGAGACAUUUGGCCUAGGAAAAAAAGGUUUAUUUUUAGUUCUGGACAUCAAAAUAAAAAGAAUUUGCCCAAGUCUCUUCAAACCCAGAAUUUAUCAAUUGAAUUUUUAAUGAAAUUAUAUAGUUCAUGGGUAAAGUUAAUAAAUAUAUAAUAGUGUAGAAUUUUUUCCUUGUUUGCAUAAUACUAGGUUUAUUUAUUUAUUUAUUUAUUGGUAUGGGGGAUUGGACCCAG